AUGCACAAAAAAAAACUAUCAUCCUUGGAUCGAUUGUAUUAUAUUCCAAUGAACAACCACAAGUGGUUCUUCCAGCAUCGUCUUUCGGCCAUUGCGGUCCUCCUCCUCGUCAGCAUGAACAAUAAGAAAACUUAUUCUGCCACUGCGCAGCAAUCGCUACUACUUUUAGGUGAUGACAAGUUUGACUAUUCUGCCAACAACCCUUUGCCAUCUGCUGCUGCUGCUGCUGCAAGCGCAUCAAGCAAAUGCGCCUUGCUCAACUUGGUUGUCGAUGAAACGGAUUCCAUGAAACAGCAAACGGAAUGGUUGAAACAAAGGGCCAUUCCUCAACUUGUGAAACGACUGCAUUCUGGCAAUGAUGGAUAUUAUCAUUACGAUUAUGACUUGGUCUUUGUAUGUGGAAAUGGCUUUGGCAAAACGGGUAGUAGGAGGAGCGAUGAGGAGACCCUACUGUAUCGUUUCAUGGGUUGUACCAUUGCCAAUGCCAAUGGCACCUUGCAAGAUGAUUCGGUUGCCGCCUGGGACCAUUCGGCCAAGAAACCACAAGAUGGUUGGUUGGCCAUGAGGAAUGCCAUGGAACAUGUCCCGGCCGAGAUUGAAGGAAUCGACUUGCUUGCUACCUGCCAACAGAAGCUUGAUCGAACCCUCAUUUUGUUGACGGAUAAUGACCGAGACGAUGAGACAAAGUCGUUGACUUUGGAGGGUCUCAAGAACCUGAUCUCGCAAAAUGGCUACAUCUUGGAUGCCAUUGUCAAGACCGAGAUUGAUGACGAUCUCGAUAACUUUGCUUUGAAGAUUAGUGACUCAUCGGGCGACCAAAACACAAUCUUUACUGCUGACGGAAACGGUGGAUGGACCACCCAAUCUAGAAAUGAAGCCUUUGUCAACUUUGUGGAUGGAUACAAAGACACGCCAGAGGACUAUAUCCCAUUUGUCGUUGAAUCUCGAGGAAUGGUUUGGAACGGCAAGAGUCUCGAACAUGGCAUUCGAGAGAACCCAAGCCUUCUCGAAUCAUUUACGAAUCACUUUGUCCAACAAAAAGUUGACCAGCUCUCCAAAAGCCAAGCCACUGGAGAUCCACAUAUCACUACCUGGAAGAAUGAACACUUUGAGUACCAUGGACAGUGCGAUCUUGUCAUGAUGAAGGAUCCAAACUUUGCCGAUGGUCUUGGAUUGGACGUUCAUAUUCGUACCAAGAUUGUGCGGUACUGGUCCUAUAUCAAGAGUGUCGCCAUUCGUAUUGGGAAUGACAUUCUUGAGAUUGAAGGUUCGGCUGAUACUGAUGACUCGGAAGCCCACUAUUGGAUCAACUACGAGUACCAAGGAGAGCUCGAAUCGGUUGCUGGCUUUCCCGUCACUCAAACGCUACCAUCCGUGUACAAGCGUAGAUAUACCAUCGACUUGAGUUCCAAGUAUUAUGGUAACCAAAUCAGUAUCCAUAUCUUUAAUGAGUUUGUCAGCGUCGCAUUCGGUGGAGGAAAAGAAGCAUUUGGAAACACUGUUGGUCUUCUUGGAGACUUUGACACGGGCAAGACCUUGGCCAGAGAUGGUGUAACGGUCAUGCAUGACUUUACCGAUCUUGGCGAUGAAUGGCAAGUACUUGCAUCAGAGCCAAACAUAUUCCAUGAAAUGUCGGAACCUCAGUUUCCCAAUCAAUGUAUCCAUCCGGAAGAUCCCAAUGGAGACCGGAAGCGUCGUUUGCUCGAGGCUGAUAUUUCGUUGGAACAAGCAGAAGAAGCUUGCGCUAUAUUGAAAGAUCCUCUUUUUAUCAAGGACUGUACAUUCGACGUCAUGGCGACUCAAGACUUGGCUAUGGUUGGUGCCUAUUAG